AUGGCAAUAAUUUUUUUCGCUUUUUAUAUAUCGUUUAAGUAUAUCAUUCGACCUCUAUUUUUGAAUGAUAGCCUUAAUGAUCUUGAACUUGGACGGUUUAUAUAUGAUCAAGAUUUAGAGUCACAUGAAGAGGAAAUACUUGAUGAACUUCCAAGCAAUAUGGAGAACGAAGUAGCAAGAAUGCAGUUCAUUGAUUGGUUGUUGCCGUCUGUAAAAUACGGAGAAGAAAUGAAAUCGAAACAUGAAGAUUGUGCAAUAUGCUUGGAUGAUUACAAAGAUGGAGAUUUAUGCAGAAUUUUUCCAUUGUGCAAGCAUAUAUUUCAUCCAAAUUGUAUUGAUGUCUGGUUGGAGAAGAAUUUAACAUGCCCCAUUUGUCGUCAGUAUAUUUUUGGCAUUUGA